AUGGCCAACGACAAUGCUCAACUUGUGCCUGUCUACAACAAGACGACACCUAGCGAUUCGCUCAUCUCUGUCAACAUGAACGGGAUCACCAAACUCACUUCGUCGAACUACUUUACCUGGAAGCUUCAAGUGUAUGCUCUGUUCGAAGCAAAGCACACGAACUGCAUCACUUCAUCGGAGAAACCGAUCAAACGCCACCGGCAACCGUCACAACAGACAACAUCACCUUGCUCUUCUUGGUGCACCACUCGAGCAAGAAGAUCCCCUCGUGUUAUAAAAAAGAGUUCUAAAAUUGCAUUUAUGUUCUUAACUCCGGGUACAUUGCCUUUUGAAAAGCUCUGGGACCUCUUUUUCCAGGGUCAUGAGGGUAAAUUUUCUGUGUACAUCCAUGCAUCAAAGGAUACGCCGGUUCACACCAGUCGUUACUUUGUAAAUCGUGAAAUUCGAAGUGAUGAGGUGGUCUGGGGUAGAAUUUCAAUGAUUGACGCCGAGAGACGUUUGUUGACCAAUGCUCUUAGAGAUCCUGAAAAUCAGCAAUUUGUUUUACUCUCUGAUAGUUGUGUGCCACUUAGAAGUUUUGAAUACAUGUACAACUAUAUGAUGUACAGCAACGUCAGCUAUGUUGACUGCUUUGACGAUCCUGGUCCACAUGGAACCGGCAGGCAUAUGGAUCACAUGUUGCCGGAAAUUCCAAAGGAAGAUUUUCGAAAGGGUGCACAGUGGUUCUCCAUGAAGCGUCAGCAUGCUGUCAUAACUAUGGCAGACAGUCUAUACUACUCCAAAUUCCGGGACUACUGUGGGCCAGGUAUAGAGGGCAAUAAGAACUGCAUCGCGGAUGAACACUACUUGCCAACAUUUUUCUAUAUCUGA